AUGGGUCUCAAUCGUCUGGGCCGAACCGGCCUGGACGAUUUCAGUCAUUUCAGCUCACUUCAUCCAGCUCAGUCUCAGACUCUCAGCUCACUUCCGCGGACAGCUCUGCUCCACGCCGGACCGCAAGAAAGAAGCGGCGGCGCCGGCGACCUGAGCCCCGUCCCCAGCGGCGGCCAGAGCUUCUCCUUUAUGUUCUCUCCUCCGAUUCGAUGGAGGGAGAUAGAUGAUGGAUGCAGCCGAGGAGAUCCCCCCAACUGGCCAGCCUCGAGAAGAAACCACAAGAGAUGGCGAGCCCCAGAACAGCCAGCAGCAGUGGCCAAGGUUUUCGACGACGAUAACCUCCUCUGGGAGAUCAUUGUCCGGGUCGGCUUACCCACCACCCUCGUCCGUGCAGCCCUUGUAUGCCAACGAUGGCUCGGCCACGCCUCCGGCACCAAGUUCUUAAGCUGUUUCCGCAAUCUCCACCCACCGCGCCUCCUCGGCUACUACAUCACACAGGUGUCGGAUUUGUUGUUAGGGGUGCUAGAUGCUCCACGCUUUGUCCCCGUGCUGCCUCAGCCCCCAGAGCUCGCCGCCGUCAUGCGUCGCUUAGAGAGCUACAGCUUCGGUACCAAGGAUAUCUGGGACUGCCGGAAUGGCAGCCUCUACACCCAUCGCGUGGAGGGAACAAGAUGGACACAUGAAGUGCACCGCCCGCUAUGCGCUGAGAAAGGCAUACAGAUUGUCCCACCACUCCCGCCCGCAUCGGACUAUCAUCUCAAAAUAUUCAGUGCAACUGUCUCCAGAAAAGAAGGCAGUGUCUUGUCCUACCUGCAUGUGUUUUGGGAGUCUACCGAGGAGGAAGACAAGUUCAUGAUGCGCGUGUAUAUGCUGGUAGAUGGAGUCUGGUGCAUGCAUACCUCGGUCACAUGCAUCAAUGUUCUGCAUAUUUGCUCAGCAGAACCCCUGGUCGGUAACAAAAUCUAUAUGCCAAACACCAGUAGUAACAACAUUCUUUCAUUGGAUUUGACGACCUCAAGUUUCUCCACAAUUCAACUCCCGCAAGGAGUGAUGUAUCGCUGUUAUGAUAGCAUGUUAUCAUGGGAAGAUGACACUUCCAGUCUAUACCUCGUCCAUGUCGAGGAGUUCCAACUUCGCGCCUGGCUCCACAAGGGCUGCAACUGGUUACUUGUCGAUACCAUUUGCUUGCGUGAGAUGCUUGCUACUUUGGGGAUGUCAGAUCACACACUUGAGGAUGAAAGUAAUGCUGGUGUGCACAUAAGACAAGUGGGAGACAAUGGUCAGUUUGUACUUUUACAGAUAGGCCAAUGCAUAUUCAAUUUGGAUAUUAAGUGCAGGACAAUGUGUAAGGUGUAUGAGGAAACAACAAAUGAUCGACAUAUUGAUUCUAUCUAUCCUUUUAUGAUGAUCUGGCCUCCCACAUUCUCUCCCUCAAGGAUGACACUGCCAGGUCAGGAAAGUUGACAUGCUUGACGGUGUGACGAUCCUGCGGUCGGAGAAAGGUCAAGGAUGAGAUCGUUUUUGAUGGCAACGACAUUGAGCUUGUCUCUCGCUCUGCUGCCCUAAUCAACCAGAAGAAGGACAUCAGGAAGUUCUUGGAUGGUAUCUAUGUCAGCGACAAGGGUGCCAUCAAGGAAGAGUAGAAGCUGAGAUAUUGUCUCACCCCCCUUGUAGCUGGUAGUAGAAACUGUCCUAAGAGGGAAUAUCCUGAGCUUAUCUUUUCUUUUGAGUGAAUGACAAGUUCAUUGCAAUCUGUACCCGGUCUAUCAGUCAUGUCUUGUAUAACUUGGACAUGGUGUUCCCUAUGUUUUUGUUUGUGAGAAAUGUUUGGUAAGCAAAACUUCUAAUCUAAUCUAUGUGGUGCAAUUUGUUCA